GGCAGAAUACGGCCUACAUGGCGUACAUAGGAGAAAUGAUGAUCUCUAUGUCUACUGGUACACCGCCACCGGCUCGAGUUACCGUGGCGGGGGACAUGCCUAUCAUGCCAUCGAAGGCAGCUUUCGCUGCGACUUACUACGGAUCCACACCGGAGGGAACGGGAUGGUCCGGGAACCAGGCAUCGCCGGGUGGGCGCGAGGUCACACCGGUUCAUGAAGGUGGUCGGUCUCCUGGGCGUUCUGCUGGUGCCUCUCCGUCGACUACUCCUGGGACUACUCCCGGUGCCUCUCCGUCGACUUCUCCUGGGCGUAGCACCGGUCCUUCUCCAGGUGGUUCUUCUGCAGCUUCUACCGGAGCGCAACCCCGGGCUGCUCGUUUCGCCAACGAUGUGGGCGGACACACCCCGCCCGGGUCCUUCCUCCGCUAGUCGGCACCGGGCUUCUUGCUUGCCAUCAUGUGCUACCUAGUACUAUGUAUUGGAUGACAUGGCACUCUCCUCUUGUAUGCUAUUACAUGCACCAUG